CGCAAGCCCGGGUAGGGCACGCCACAGCUGGCAGCGAGAGCGACUGGUGGCUCCUCGGAGACGAGGUUGCAGACGCGGUGAGGGGGACAUCAAGCUUUGGUGUAUGUGCUGACCAGUUCUGAGAUCUUGAGGAAGCUCUGCACAAAGGAAGAUAAAAAGCAGCAAUCUUUGCCAAUUAGGGAAUGGACCGUUUGGGUUCCUUUAGCAGUGAUCCCUCUGAUAAGCCACCUUGCAGAGGCUGUUCUUCCUACCUUAUGGAGCCUUAUAUUAAGUGUGCUGAAUGUGGGCCACCUCCUUUUUUUCUCUGCUUGCAGUGUUUCACUCGAGGAUUUGAGUACAAGAAACAUCAAAGUGAUCAUACUUAUGAAAUAAUGACUUCAGACUUUCCAGUUCUUGAUCCCAGCUGGACUGCUCAAGAAGAAAUGGCCCUUUUAGAAGCUGUGAUGGACUGUGGCUUUGGAAAUUGGCAGGAUGUAGCUAAUCAGAUGUGCACCAAGACCAAGGAGGAGUGUGAGAAACACUACAUGAAGCAUUUCAUCAAUAAUCCUCUGUUUGCAUCUACCCUGCUAAACCUGAAACAAGCAGAGGAGGCAAAAACUGCUGAUACAGCCAUUCCAUUUCACUCUGCAGAUGAUCCUCCUCGACCUACCUUUGACUCCUUGCUUUCUCGGGACAUGGCAGGAUACAUGCCAGCUCGAGCAGAUUUCAUUGAGGAGUUUGACAAUUAUGCAGAAUGGGACUUGAGAGACAUUGAUUUUGUUGAAGAUGACUCAGACAUUUUACAUGACCCACAGGAGAAUGGCCUGGAUACAAGUAUUCCUGGACAUCUUUCAGUGAUUGAAGCUACAUUUAUAUAUAGCACAUUCCCUCACAGCCCAGCAUCUCUGAAGAUGGCUGUGGUGGAUAUCUAUCAUUCGAGGUUAAAGGAGAGACAGAGACGAAAAAAAAUUAUAAGGGAUCAUGGAUUAAUCAACCUUAGAAAAUUUCAAUUAAUGGAACGGCGUUAUCCCAAGGAGGUUCAAGACCUUUAUGAAACAAUGAGGCGAUUUGCAAGGAUUGUGGGUCCAGUGGAACAUGAUAAGUUCAUUGAAAGCCAUGCAUUGGAAUUUGAACUUCGAAGGGAAAUCAAGCGGCUCCAGGAAUAUAGGACAGCAGGCAUUACCAAUUUUUGUAGUGCCAGAACAUAUGAUCACCUAAAGAAGACGAGAGAAGAAGAACGCCUUAAACGCACCAUGCUCUCUGAAGUUCUCCAGUACAUCCAAGACAGUAGUGCCUGCCAACAGUGGCUCCGUCGGCAGGCUGACAUUGAUUCUGGGCUGACUCCUUCCAUUCCGAUGGCUUCGAAUUCAGGUAGACGGAGUGCACCACCCUUGAAUCUCACUGGCCUCCCUGGCACAGAAAAGCUGAAUGAAAAAGAAAAGGAGCUCUGUCAGAUGGUGAGGUUGGUCCCUGGAGCCUAUUUAGAAUACAAAUCUGCUCUUUUGAACGAAUGUAACAAGCAAGGAGGCUUGAGACUGGCACAGGCAAGAGCACUCAUCAAGAUAGACGUGAACAAAACCCGGAAAAUCUAUGAUUUCCUCAUCCGAGAAGGAUACAUCACUAAAGCCUGAGGCUCCAAGGGCUUGGGAUCACAAGUCAGAAGUUUGGAAUGUGGUGGGUCAAAGGACAGUAUAAGCAUUCUGAAAGUUUGAUUUUCAUCCAAAUUAUCAUUGUAAAAAGAGGGGAAGGACAAAGGAAACCUUCAGUUGUAUUAAUGUCUGCUUUCUUCUUUACCCUGCUUUAAAGCACUCCUAUGUUGGUAUUGUGCUGCAGAGUUGUGUGCUAGAUAAGCUAUUAUUAAAUGUGAGUGGGCAUUUAUUCCUAACACCUCUUGUAACUAAAACAAGAACCAUAGUACCUCACAUCACAGUGUUGGUAGAAAUAGAACCAAACCAAACCACAGUGUUUAUUCCCAGGAGUUCAGCUCAGAUCCUUGUACUUGAGAGCUAUUUGCUGAUUAUCUGUUUUGCCUUCAGACAUUGCAGAGAAAUUUAGAAUAAAAGAGAAAGGUUUGAGAGCAUGAGAAAGGCUCUCUUCUAAGGAUUUUUUAAGCUGAAACUUAUGUUUAUAAGCAAAGAGGAGGAAUAUCUCCCCGUGAUGUUCUUGUCCCAAACUGCAUCUCUGAUGUCUGACUAUGUACUUUGCAGUGUGGCUGUCUGAUCUGUAGUAGACUUUUGAGGAGGUGGCACCGGAUAUAAAAUGUCUCUGUUAUUUUUAGAAUUAAUGGAUUAAAGUGUUUUUGCUAUUUAA